GCGUUUAACAUAAGUCGACACGUGCGGGCGCUUCGAAUUGAAAUAUUAUUAUUUUGUUAUUUAAAAUCGACUUAAAAUGGGUUCGAAAAGACCGUUAGAUGUGCACAUGUUCCCCUCGGACUUGGAAUUUGCCGUCUUCACUGAUGAGGAGAUACGAAAACUUAGUGUAGUUAAAGUAGUGACCGGACUCACCUUUGACGCUUUGGGCCAUCCAAUCGUAGGGGGUCUUUACGACAUACGGUUAGGCUCUUAUGGCCGCUGCAUGGAUCCCUGUGGCACCUGUCUUCUGAUGCAGGAUUGUCCCGGUCAUAUGGGUCACAUCGAACUGGGAAGUCUGGUGUAUAAUCCUUUCUUCAUUAAACUUGUCCAGCGAUUGCUAUGCAUUUUCUGUUUGCAUUGUUUCAAGAUGCAAAUGAAAGACCACGAAUGUGAGAUCAUUAUGUUGCAGUUGCGUCUCAUUGAUGCUGGAUACAUAAUUGAGGCCCAAGAGUUGGAGCUUUUCAAAUCGGAAAUUGUGUGCCAGAAUACCGAAGAAUUGGUCAAACUGGACAAUGGAGAUGCGGUGCAUCCUCGCAUUGCUGCUAUGUAUGAGCUGCUGGAAAAGAAUCAGAGCAACGCCAGCAAUGUGACCAAAACCAGUUGCUCCCUACGCACAGCAAUAACACAUGCAGCCCUCCAGAGGGCGGGCAAGAAAUGCAGACACUGCAGUAAAUCCAUGAGAUUCGUUCGCUAUAUGCAUCGUCGGUUGGUUUACUAUGUAACCUUAGCUGAUAUCAAGGAGCGAUUGGGAGAUGCAGGUGAUGCCACGGGUCAGAACAAGGUGAUCUUUGCGGAUGAAUGCAGACGCUAUUUGCGACAGAUUUACAACAAUUAUCCACAGUUGCUUAAGCUACUCGUCCCCGUACUGGCUCUGGGCAAUAGUUCUGCUGGUGAUGGUUAUUCGCCGGUGGAUAUGUUUUUUAUGGAAACCAUUCCAGUGACACCACCGCGGGCACGUCCCAUGAACGUGAUCAAUGACAUGUUGAAAGGCAAUCCACAAACCGAUAUCUAUGUCAACAUUAUCCUGAAUAACCAUGUUCUAAAUGUGGUUCUCAAGUUCAUGAACGGCAAUCAAGAAAAACUAAGCGAGGAGGCGAUGGCUGCCUAUCAGAAUCUGAAAGGAUCCAACUCGCAUGAAAAGUUAUACAAUGCCUGGUUAUCACUGCAAACAUCGGUGGAUGUGCUUCUCGAUGUGAAUAUGUCGAGGGAAGUAAAAUCGGCCGAGGGUCUGAAGCAGGUCCUUGAGAAGAAAGAUGGCCUGAUCCGUAAGCAUAUGAUGGGCAAGAGAGUGAAUUAUGCAGCACGAACUGUAAUCACACCCGAUCCGAAUAUAAAUGUCGAUGAAAUUGGCAUUCCUGACAUUUUUGCUCGCAAGCUUUCCUAUCCGGUUCCAGUAACCGAAUGGAAUGUGACGGAGCUACGUAAAAUGGUAAUGAACGGGCCAGAUGUCCAUCCCGGCGCCAAUUAUAUACAGGAAAGUAAUGGCUUUACCACCUACAUCCCGGCGGAUAAUGCUGCCAAGCGUGCCAGCAUGGCCAAGCUGUUGCUUUCGAAUCCCAAGGAAGGAGUUAAAAUUGUCCAUCGACAUGUGCUAAAUGGAGACGUAUUGCUCCUCAAUCGUCAGCCCUCACUGCACAAACCCUCCAUUAUGGCCCACAAGGCUCGGAUUCUUCAUGGCGAGAAGACAUUUCGUCUGCAUUACUCCAACUGCAAAGCCUACAACGCCGAUUUCGAUGGUGACGAGAUGAAUGCGCAUUAUCCACAAAGCGAAGUCGCUCGGGCGGAGGCCUACAACCUGGUGAAUGUGGCCAAUAACUAUCUGGUGCCUAAGGAUGGUACCCCAUUGGGCGGUCUUAUUCAGGAUCAUGUGAUUUCGGGCGUAAAAUUAUCCAUACGUGGACGAUUCUUUAAUCGUGAGGACUACCAGCAAUUGGUUUUCCAGGGUCUAUCCCAUCUAAAGGGAGAUGUAAAGUUGCUGCCUCCGGCUAUUAUGAAGCCAGCCAUAUUGUGGUCUGGCAAACAGGUCCUGUCCACCAUUAUCAUUAAUCUAAUCCCAGAUGGCUUUGAACGUAUCAAUUUAGACUCAUUUGCCAAAAUCGGAGGCAAGAACUGGCAGGUAACAAGCUCACGUCCGCCAAACGGCGGUAAGCCUCUAACUGAACAGGAGUUGGGAGAGAGUCAAGUGCAAAUCCGAAAUGGUGAGCUGCUAGUCGGUGUACUCGAUAAGCAGCAAUACGGAGCCACCACAUUUGGUCUGAUCCAUUGCAUGUAUGAAUUGUACGGAGGUGAUGUCUCCACCCGCCUCCUGACUGCCUUUACCAAAGUCUUUACCUUCUUCCUACAACUCGAAGGCUUCACUUUGGGCGUUAAGGAUAUUCUGGUCACUGGGGAGGCGGAUCGCAAGCGUAGAAAAAUAAUAAAAGAGAGUCGAGAAAUAGGCAAUAGUGCUGUGGCUGCUGCACUUGAACUGGAUGAGGUGCCGCCGCAUGAUGAACUGGCCGAGCAGAUGGAGCAGGCCUAUGUAAAAGAUCCAAAAUUCCGUGUUCUGUUGGAUCGCAAAUACAAAUCCCUACUUGAUGGCUAUACCAACGAUAUAAAUAAAACCUGUCUACCUGGCGGUCUUAUAACCAAGUUUCCUUCAAACAAUCUCCAACUGAUGGUUCUAUCUGGAGCUAAGGGGUCUAUGGUCAACACUAUGCAGAUCUCUUGUCUGUUGGGACAAAUUGAAUUGGAGGGCAAACGUCCACCUUUAAUGAUUUCUGGGAAAUCUUUGCCCAGUUUCCCCUCGUUUGAGACAUCACCCAAGUCCGGUGGCUUCAUAGACGGUAGAUUUAUGACUGGCAUUCAACCGCAGGACUUUUUCUUCCAUUGCAUGGCAGGACGAGAAGGUCUCAUUGAUACUGCCGUAAAAACCUCUCGUUCAGGUUAUCUCCAACGUUGUCUGAUUAAGCAUCUGGAGGGAUUGAGUAUCCAUUAUGAUCUGACUGUGCGUGAUAGUGAUAACAGCGUGGUUCAGUUUCUCUAUGGCGAAGAUGGUCUCGAUAUACUUAAAUCGAAAUUCUUCAGUGAUAAAUUCUGUGCUGAUUUUCUAACCCAAAAUGCCAAGGCAAUAUUGCGCCCGAGUCAGUUGGCGAUGAUGCGAGAUGAGGAAUGCUUGGCCCAAGUGCAACGACAUGAAAAGCAUAUACGCAGUUGGAAGAAAAAGAAACCCAAUAAACUGAGGGCUGCCUUUACUCACUUUUCCGAAGAGCUGCGAGAGGAAGUCGAAGUGAAGCGACCCAAUGAAUUGAAUACUAAAACGGGAAGGCGACGCUUUGACGAGGGCCUCCUUAAGCUCUGGAAAAAGGCUGAUGCUGAAGAUAAAGCCUUGUAUCGCAAGAAAUAUGCUCGUUGUCCAGAUCCCGCUGUGGCAGUAUAUAAGCAGGAUCUCUAUUAUGGCUCAGUUUCGGAACGGACACGUAAAUUGAUUGAGGAUUAUGCACGCCAAAAGCCCCAACAAAAGCAGAACAUUGCCGACAUAAUGCACAUCAAGAGCAUCAAGGCAUUGGCAUCGCCUGGUGAGCCAGUGGGAUUGUUGGCUGCCCAAUCUAUUGGUGAACCCUCCACUCAGAUGACGCUCAAUACCUUCCAUUUUGCUGGUCGUGGUGAGAUGAACGUGACUUUGGGUAUUCCCCGACUGCGUGAAAUUCUCAUGUUGGCCUCGUCCAACAUCAAGACUCCCUCGAUGGACAUACCCAUUAAGGCGGGUCAACAACAUCAGGCAGAGAAGUUGCGUAUUGGUCUUAAUUGUGUGACCAUAAGCAAUCUUUUAGAGUCUGUCACAAUUAACACUAGCCUCAAUUUGGAACCUGAACGGGCAUAUGUCUAUGACUUGCAGUUCAAGUUCCUGCCACGCGAAGUCUACAAAGAGGAUUAUGGAGUGCGACCCAAACGCAUUAUCAAGUACAUGCAUCAGACCUUUUUUAAGCAACUCAUACGGGCCAUACUCAAGGUGUCUAAUGCCAAGAAGACUUCCAAAAUAAUUGAGAUUGAUGAUAAAAAAGAAGGAGGCGGCAAACAGGAUGAAGAUGACCACGAUUUGGACAAUGCUGACGAUGUGAACGCACAAAAGGCCAUGCCAGAUAAUGAUGAUGAUUCUUCAGAUGAUGGGGGUGACGAUGAUGCCACUGGGGUGAAAUUGAAACAACGUAAAACCGAUGAAAAGGACUAUGAUGAUCCUGAUGAUGUUGAGGAACUGCAAGAUGCCAAUGAGGACGAUGAAGGCCAGGAUGAGGACGAAGAAGAUGAGGAAAGAAAUGAUCAAGACAAUGGCAAUGAGAAUGCCGAAGUAGAUGACAAAUCUGUGGAAAAAUUACUGAGCAACCAAAUGGUGCAGGACUAUACAUAUGACAAGGAGCACUAUUUGUGGUGCCGAGUGAAGCUUAGUUUGAGUGUACGUUAUCAGAAACCCGAUCUGACCUCCAUCAUCCGUGAAUUGGCUGGCAAGAGUGUGGUCCAUCAGGUGCAGAACAUAAAGCGCGCCAUUAUAUACAAGGGCAACGAUGAUGAACAACUUUUGAAAACUGAUGGCAUCAACAUUGGCGAAAUGUUCCAAUACAAUAAGAUCUUGGAUCUGAAUCGAUUGUAUUCCAAUGACAUACAUGCCAUUGCCAGGACCUAUGGUAUUGAGGCUGCCGCCCAGGUUAUUGUGAAGGAAGUUAGCAAUGUGUUCAAGGUCUAUGGCAUCACGGUGGAUCGCCGGCACUUGUCGCUAAUUGCCGAUUAUAUGACAUUUGAUGGUACUUUCCAACCUUUGUCUCGUAAGGGCAUGGAACACUCGUCGUCGCCGCUGCAACAGAUGUCGUUUGAGUCCAGUUUGCAGUUUUUGCGAAGCGCUGCUGGUUUCGGCCGACCAGAUGAGCUCAAUUCCCCAUCAAGCCGCCUAAUGGUGGGUCUGCCCGUACGAAAUGGGACUGGAGCAUUUGAGUUGCUAACAAAAAUAUGUUAAUUCAAUUGUAAAUUGUUGUCAAUUGUUUAAACUUCUCUUUUUAAUAAUAAUAAUAAACGGUUUUCAUCCGAUAACGAG